CGGCCAUUAGGAAAACUAACGCGAAAAUAAAAACAUUCGCGAGACUUAACAGCAACGAACAGUGUUCGAAUUCGCGUGGAAUCGAUCUCCGUUUGUGGUCAGCAUCUGGACAGUUCUUCUGAGGAGAUUAGGUGGUCGGCGGCGGACAGGGUUCGGGUCUUCAGGACGAGCGGCCGCGGCCGUCGCGAUGGAAAAUUCGGCGCGCGGAUCGGUUUUCUUGGCAUAGGUCACGUGACUAAUUGGAAAAUAUAGCACUCUGGUGCAAAAUGGCUGAUGAGGAACAGUGGUCGAUGUGCGAGGACGGCUGUCUGAACGUCAACACAGAGCCCAGGACCAUCGUCUACCACCCAAACCUCAAUGUCAUCCUGAUCGUGUCUAAUUCGCCCGAGGUGUUAGUCAUCGACGUCAAUACGGGCGCCAUCCUCCACAGGAGCUGCUACUCAGGUUCGACGACGAGCUGUCUUCAGGGCGCCUACCUCGCUGGACACGACAAGCUGCUGCUGACCGAUGGCACGAAUGUGGGGCUCAGGAGCGACUACAGCGGCGUUCUGCUGUUGGACAGCAUCCUCCAACCGCCGGUCUUGCAAUCGCAACAAAAGGCCCGAGUGGAACUACCACUCUCAGAGGCGCUCGUUCUGCAGAAGGCCCUGACGCAGAUGUCUGAAGUGCCAGGUGCAGAUCAGUUCAUCCAUGAAGUUACUGAGCAGCUCUCAGCGCAGAUUCACCAGUCACAAAAUCAUCAGUUACCUAGCAGUAAAGCAGCAAAAUGGAGGUUCAUAACUUUGGAGAUGCCAGCUGGUUCGCUUUGGCUUGUUUGCUCUGGCCUUGCUCAGGAAUUGAAGCGGCAAGGCCGCCAAGUGCCUGCCAUGACCGUGGCGUCAGCCCUUUGUGAAAGACUGAGCACCCUAGCGUACCAGGAAGCCACUUCGUUGCUGGGCACAAGCGAGGGCUCCUCAACGCCCUACAGGGCCCUCAUGUUCAGCGAGGCAGCCCGCAGGGCCACUUUUUCAAAAUGGCCUCACAUGAAUUACAAAUGGGCUCUGCCAGAACAAAUGGCACAGGCGGGAUUUUACCACCAGCCAAACAAAAUGGGUGAUGAUCGGGCGUUGUGCUUCACCUGCAACGUUUGCCUUGUGUGCUGGGAGCCAACUGACGAGCCAUGGUCGGAGCACGAACGACACUCGCCGUCGUGUCCUUAUGUUAAGGGCGAGCCCACGCAGAACGUUCCUCUCUCUGUUUCGUAUGCAACUCAGCCCGCCGUCAAGGUCUCGACAAACUCCACCUGCUUGCCGGUCGAGCACGUUGGGCCGUCUUCGGCCAGAGACCUGGUCGCCACCAGUUCCAAACAGGGCCAUGUAACUGUUUGGAAUGUCUCUAGAAAAUUAAAGGAGGAAACGAGCUUUAGUGUCAAUUCUCGGCACGAGGUGGUCCAGGAAGUAGUUAGGCAUGACAUUGUCACUUCGACACCAAAAUUAAAAGAGGCAUGGACUGAGAAAAGUGAAACUUGUGAUCAAGAUAAGUUAGCUGAAAUCGAAGUCAUUUCCAUGGAAACGGAAGUCACAGCCUUGUGCAUAGCUGCUGUGAACAAAUCAGGCAAAACCAGCUCCUGUCUUGUACUAGGAGCGACGAUGCAGCUUAGUUCCCACCAGAGUGAAGCUUCCUCCUCCUCCAUGGUUCAGGCGAUGAACUUUGCGAAUCAAGCUAGCAGCUCAUACGAGGAGGACGCCGCCAGAGAGGAAAACAGCGCCUACCUGCUUGUCUACAACCUGCACUACUCGGAGCAGAAGCAACCUGACAACAACAAAAAUAACAAAGACGCGAAAAAGAGCAAGAGCAGUCGGCAGGACUUGUACGCUGAUUCGGCAUUCAUGAACAACAUCCUGUUUGAGAGUUACUCUGGCUCAGUGAUCGAGGACAGCAGUGCGGACGCGGACAGUAUCGAAGACCCUGUGGAGCUUCACCCACAGCCCAACGCGGCCGUGCUUAAGUUUGGUGCAGAGCCUAAUCUUCAACGUGCCAUCGAGAUGUCCGAGAAGACGCUGGAGCCUCUGCUGGUGCAGUGUUUGGAGCUGCCAGAGAAGCUGCGGCGCAACAUGGUGGUGAGCGCGGUGCAGCCGACACGCGACGGCCACCACCUGCUGGUCACGCUGAGUGUUCCGCAGACCAAGGAGUCCACUGAGAUUCCUGAUGAAAGUCAGAUCAUCAACUCAAUUGAAAAUUCGAUACACUCAAUGCUUGAUGACAAAAACGACAGCUGGGCUGCCAUCAUGGCCAAAGGCGCCGUCCUAGACUACAACAAUGAUGCAGUCAAGGUAAAAGACACGUUUGCCUUUAUUCUGGGUGACUCUUACAUAAAAGAUGGCAAGAAACUGGAGAAGGAGCAGCAGUCGGAGGCAAUGUACUCAAAUGUUGAAGAACUGCCAAGCGGUGCAGUCUUGCUGUUCGCUCUCGAGCCGUCAGGAGACCGCUUUGUGGUUGAGCAGCCGCUACUGUGGAGGUUCCUCUCGUCAGGGCCAGAGCAGACGCUAUUGCUGCCGUGUGGCGAGAAGGACAGUGACUCAGAUCACAAAGGCAAGGAGCCCCAAGGUCUGGCAGCACUUGUGUGCCGUGAUGGCGCGGUCAGAGUGCUUGAUAUCGCAUCCCUGAGUACAGUGGCCACAGCCAAACCAUCGCAGGCGAACGCAAAAUUUGUCUCUGUCACAUACUGCAACAGCUUAGAGCAGUUAUGUCUUUGCUCAGAUGCUGGAAAGCUACAUUUCUUCACGCUAGCUGUGCCUGGAGCAGAGCCUGUCGAGGAGGAAUCCGACCAAAUUCUGUACCUGAAUUCUUCCAACACGGAUGCGCCUGAUCACGCCUCGGCAGGAACUUCUCAAGAGCUCUUAGCGUAUCAGCCAGCUACCCUGAGCAACCUGCGAACGCUGCAACAACUGACCAAGUGCGUCAACCUAACGCCGUGCUUCACCGCCAAUGCACCUGCCUGCUGGAGUGAAAUGAUGCAGGCUCAGAAGCAGCGUCGCCACCCGCAACACCUGCAGCAGGGAGGCGAGGAACUUCAUCACACAAGGACAUGGAGACUGCAGCAUGAAAAUUCUACUUGGGAUGAACAUGUGUUUGAGUUGACCCUGCCAAGAAGCUGUUGUGUUGGUCAUGUUGACGUCAAAUUCACGCUGCACGCUCUUCCUUCAAUGGCAACAGAAAUUCAGGUCACUCUUCUCAGGCUCAACUCGUCAGGAAUUGGCAAGAAAGACAAAACUGCCGGUGGCAGAGCUGUGGAUGACAGCAUCAAUUUUAAAUUCUCUGGGAAUCCAGUCACUUCGGAAGAGUACUCCAGUGAACACAACACUGAGGUUCUGUGUGGUCCUGUGAACAUGAUGUCCUCCCUCGAUCUGAGCGGUUUGAGCGGCAUUGUCACCCUAACUAGCCCCGCUCUCCUGACAACCCGAAGCAGAACCCUCCUUGUUCAUAUCAAAGCCAUAUUUACUCCUAGUGAUAAGUCAAUGAGUUCUAAAAAGGACGACAGAGCUGCUCUGAAGAGAAGUCGCGCUGACCAAAAGAUACUAAAGGAGCAGCCAGUAAGUUCUGAUCAAAAGGUGGAUUUGAACUACAUGCAACAUAGACCAAGCAAUAGUAGCAGUAGCUCGCAGAGCAAGAAAGAAAUGAAGGGUUGUGACUAUCUACACGAAAUCUCCAUCACAAUUAGGCGAUCCUGCAGAACAUCAAUACCAAAUGAGAGAUUGCAGCGGAAAGCGAUGGUGGAAUCCCUGGCUUUCACAGAACAGCUGAUAAACGCAGCAUGUCUGCAGGGACCAGAAACCAAUUCUAUUGUCCAAAGUACUGCCUUAGACAUACUCAUAUGGAUAUGCUCGGUCAAACUAGCGCGGUACCGCGGUCAGCAGAUAGACCACCAGACAAGCCAGGUGGAACUAGUCCAGCUGAUAGAGAAGAACAUGGAACCGCUUGUACUCAACUGUCUGCUCCUCUCUAACAGAAGUCUGGCUCACAAAUUCGCAAAACUUUGUGUGAUAUGCAGCGAAGGUGUGAAAAACGCAUUUGACUCGCCGUCAGUGAACUUUGAUCUAACCCUUCUUAACGCCCUACUCAAUGCUCUACCGAUGGUUCCAAAGGCACUGUCAGCAGGCGCUCUCCAUUGGUUCUUCAUGCUUCUGAGCCGAAAAGCGUUGCUCAAUCCUGCCCAGACUGGUCAGCGAUGCAUGACAUUGCUUCAGCAGGUCGCCUUGGAGCUGGGCUCAAGGAGCAGUCCUGAGCACAUGCUUCUCAGAACCAGAUUUGGCCUCUACGGCCUGCCGCUAGAGCCUGAGAUCUUUGACGCUGAUCUUCCGCAGCAACAGUGCAAAUCGUCUUCUAUCCCACUCUCUUACGCCACCAUUGUCUCUGGCGAAUCCAACAUGAAUUCCUUCCAGCACGUUGCUCCAAGCAAUGGCUUCUCUGAGUUGAAAAACAUGUUCACUGGGUCGAGCGCGAGUACGAAUUUGUCGUCUGAGAGCCAGAUGCGCGGGCUGCUGGAGACUCAACCUCUGCACUUUACGUGUCACGCCGCCAGCGAUGGAACAAAGCUUGAGGCACUGCCAUCCACUGACGGUCUCUAUGUCAACAGCGUGUGGGAAUCUGAGGGCUUCUCUUUCUCUGAUUCCCAUUCUGCCGAUGAGGAGAACAACGUCGGCAACCUGGCGAUGCUGCCAUGGCAGCAGCUGCUAUCACCGCCCACUCAGCAGACGCUUGUGAUCGAGCGAAUGCACUCAGGCGCACGCAGGUUCGUGGUUUUGGACUUUGGUGCCAACGUCGCCCUGACUGAUCUCUUCAUCCCCGCCUGUCCGGAUCUGGUGUCCUUGUCCAUUGACUACUGGGUCAGCGCCGAGGAGACAGAUGGACAGCGUUUGGUGGUCGCCUCUGACAUUGGCACCAAGUCGCUGAUGCUAAGCGACCUGCAGCCACAGCCGUUGUGCCGCUUCCUCAAGGUGACAACUAUUGGCAGGUAUGGCAUGAGUACAGCACGCUGCCGAAUCCCUGUGGGACAAUUUUACGGACACAUGGUGUUAGUUCCUCUCGAGAACUGUGAUGAUUGUGGUGGCAAGAGCGAAGAGCAAUUGCACCACCACUACCAGGCCAUCCUGCAGGCCUUGAUCGAGGACGCCCAAUGCAGGCACAGUUUGGCGUCGGCCAAGCUCAAAGGACUGCUCGCGCCCUACCUGCAGGCUGAACAGUCCAGCAUCUCUCAUCUUUAUAACUUUUUGCGUCCAACCGUUGCCAACUCAAUGGAACACACAGACGAACAGAAAAUUACUCACGCUUACCAGGAGUGCAUUGCUUUCCAAAGACAGCUAAGCAUUGUUCGUCACGUGUUGGGCAGACUUUGCUCAGCCGCCUCUUUGGAGCCGAAAUACUUGGAUAGCAAAUCACAACAGGUUCUCAGUGCAGCAUGCACGGACAAACUGAGGAUCAUGGCGGACUGCCUUUUAGACACGUUGCUUGGAAUUGCCCACGAGUCUGGAUCAAACCGGAGCUUGGCGCUGCAAUUGAAUCACAAGUCUUGUUUGGAUCUGUUUCAACCACUUUGCGUUGGAACUGAGUCGCACACCCAGCUAGCAGCCUGCUCUCUGCUUGUGAGGGGCUGUGGCCUGCAGACCUGGUGGGGUGACUUUUUAGCAGACAAUCUUGUCCAGCUCUUUGGAUCAGGCCCGCUUGUUUCCAUUUUUCCACUUGACAGGGUUUUCAUGCUUCUCACAUAUUUGGGGAGAAAGUCCCUUCUGAGUUCGGCCAAGAGCACAGUUUUAGAGAGCGUUUUGCUUGCUUUGGGAAAAUUGCUCAAGCCUAUUCACGAGAAAAAAGGCUACAAGAAAGCGCAACUUGACCUCUCCCUCAUUGGAUGGCUUCUACUUUAUCUGUCAUCAUGUCUGGAUGUGUGCCUGCCAGAAGACAAAGCAGACCAAGGCGCGAGCAAUGCAGGCAGUUUGGGAUCCAUGAACCGAUGGACCUUCAUUCAAGGCUAUGAGGCCAUGCAGAAACAUCUGGCCAGCUGGAACAAGUCUUCUUCGAGCAGAUGCUACAGCAGGAAGCUGCACAAGCGUCUGAUGCAUCACUCUCAGCAACUGAAGGAGCUAGAAGCGGCCAAGAAAGCUUACCAAUCUUCAACGCAGGCGUUGUCCGCUCUCUCCACGCAAGCUGCCACCCUUUCGAGCAAACUAGAAGCUGCCCUUAAAGCUCAAGAACAAUAUUUGAAAAAGACUGUUCAACAACACACCUUGAAGCAUCAUCCAAAAUUUCAGAGGUGGAAAGAAAUGUCUCAGGCGUGGAGGUCAGACAGAGGCACUUCUGAAGGAAGCAGCAGCCUCUCUGGAGCUGGUUGCUCCAGGAUUUCAGAAGACCCAACUGAGUCCUAUCCGUGCAUAGGUCUACUGCCCCAAACGCUCAGCCUUCCAGUUGCCAGAGGCCUCGUCCUUCUUAUCUUGAACAUGGACUUUACCUGCAACUCGGACCUCUUCCUUCUUGCCUGCAAGGUUUUGUCGGGGAUCAUCAGUUGUGCACGACCCCCAAUCACUCUGAACAUGUUGAUGAGCGAGGCGCAACUGCUGCAGUUUGUGCAGCUGGCUGUGCGAUGGGAAGGGGGCUCUCACUCGUUGUGGGGCGGCCCCUGGGUGUCCCACGCCAUUUCUUGCCUUUUGCAAGACCUUUUGGAGGCCAGGCCUUCGGGAUUAGAACUGAAGAGUAGGGAUGCCAGCCCCAGCGAUGACAGCCUAGAAGCACCUCAGAGCGAGUCCACCCUGGAUGGAGAGAGUCAGGAUGACAGUACCAACGCGUCAAGUGCAGAACCAACAAAACCUUUAGACAGCAUCAAAUUGCCCUCUUUGCUAGAGUCAGAAGAUAGUGAACUGGACGAAACCCUUGAGGACAUUUGGAUCCGCGGCAAGUACUUGCUGGGCCGCAAGGGCAGCACACAACGCCCCGUCACCAGCAUGUCGUCAACCGUCAGCACUGCAAUGGACGCGCGGCUAGAGUUUGGAUUUGAGUGGAACUCAGAGGUCAUACUGCGCCGAUUGUCGACGCAGAGCUCGCAGAAUUUGUCAGCCAGCAUUAUGUCCUCGCUGCAGCAGACCAAACAAGUGCAGAGCUCUAGUAGCUGGGACGCCAAUCUCGCUCAAAUGAGCCUUGAAACUGCAACCGUGACCACAAACUGCAGUGGCGAAGCCAUGCUCUCCAAAUGUUUUGACACCAUCUUCCGCAACUUACACACUCAGCCUCACGCCAUAAGUUUGGAGCAAACGCUGCAGCUGUGGAACACUCUGGCACAGCAGAGUCCCACUUUUGACUCAACCUCCAUUCCUAUUCUACAGUUGCAAUUUGGUGCCAUAUCUGGCCUAAUGACUGCUCUCGUGUGGAGUCCAAACGUCUCCCUUUGUACCUGGGCACUGGCCUUCCAAUGCCUUACCCUUGCUUCUAACCAGCCAAAGACUGAUGACUGGAAAGUCAGUAACAUUAUAGAGAACCCAAAUUUUUCGAGGAUGCUCAAAAAGUUCCUAUCUGGCAAUGGAACAUCGUGCCACGCUGGAUCCAUGGUGUGCCAAAACUUCAACCAACUGUUAGUUCGGUUGCUUACGCUGUCUGAGGUGGAGGAGCUAUCCAGUUGCUCCAAGAUGAAAGAGGAAAUGUUGAAACUAUUGUUGGAGCUAGUGCUGCCAAGCGGCGCGAUCGAACUAAAACAGGGUCCAUUGGAUGCACAGUGUACGCUGCUAGAGUUUCUGCUCAAGCCCAACUACGAAAACAUCAGCCUAAGCAUUCUCAAGAGUUUAAAUGAGGCUGUUAGCCAACUCGUUUACUGCACCUUCUUGCAAACUCAAAACGUAGAGUGCCGCAAGUCAUCGCACGACUCAUCAAACACAACAGCCUCAGCCCGCUGCUUUGGCAGUUUGUUCUCAUCUGUCCUUGGCACAGAACCACCGGUCAACAAACGUGCAAAUAAAAACGCCCUUGAGUGCAAUUUGCUCGCACUCACUACAAAACUCAUCUUGUCAACCACGGGUUUCAAGCCAGAUAGCGUGCACAGAGAUGGCCUAAGCAGCAAAACUGACGAGGAAAAACAAAGCUCAAAGAUUGAUAAUCCAGCUAAAGCGACCAGCCAUGUAGAUUCAAUUUUGGUAGACGAGGGAAGCAUCAUGCGUUUGAUGACUGCAUUGGCGCACUGCAACAUAAACUCAAUGGCAGUUUCGUUUGCGCCGAACGUGGACCUCUCACUGCUCGCAUUGCCAGACUCACUUGUCAGCCUGGGCAACGAUCCAAAUGGCGACUCUGUAGGUGACGCUGUGCUCAACCUGCUCAUCACCCUAGCGAAAAACACGUCUCGGCCUGAGCUGAUCCUGAAGCCGCUGCUUAACCACAUCAGUAGCGCGCCCGGUAGAUCUGUGCUUCAGCUAUCAGAGGCAUUGCUCUGGUUCAUCCUGAAACUCAUCUCUGUGGAGAAGUGUCUCUCGCUGUUCAUCAGCAUGGGUGGCGUCUCCAUUGUAUGCCAGAACCUGGUGCGCAGCUGCUCAACUGUCAUCAACACCAUGCCAAGUCUUGUGUCGAUGGUGAUGCAGCACUUAUACCGCAACACUCCGAUGGCACCCAGCAAGAAGGGUGUAGCACAGCUUGAGUCAGUCAACGGAAUGCUCAACUUUGCCCCACUUGGCGUCAUAUCGUCAAGCAACCUGACUACUCAGCCUGCUGACAGUCUGCUCCAGGCGUCACCGCCGCAUCGCAGGGCGAGAACACCCGCCUGGUCCUACCAUUUCUAUCCUGAUGAGCACUGGGUUGACCUGACAAUCAACUUGCCAUGCUCUGUGCUGCUCAAGGAGAUCCAAAUGCUGCCCCAUCUUACUGCCUUAGCCAGUACGAUUUACAAAAAAGAUAAUUCCGCAGUCAUUGCUUGUCCAUCAGCAGUGGCAAUUGAGAUUGCCCGCGAGCCUGGUUCCGCCUUUUUCCCAGUUUGUUCGCCAAUCAACACAAGCUGUCUGACCUUUGUUAGCCUGCGGCUGCCUGUACCUGAGGUUGCUGGCUCUGUGCUCAUCCGCCUCUACAAACCGAAAGACUCGUCCAACAUUGGGCUGUCUCAAAUCCGAUUGCUUGGAUCGACAUCUUUUGGAGACAAUUUUACGAUCACAAAAGGCAAUGUCAUGUCGACCAGCGCUGAUCAAAAGGAAGAGGAAGUUCUAACUAAGACAAGCUUUGGCUGGCUGCGUCUGCUGUACUUCACGAUGUCAAUUUCGCCGCCAGGCUCACCCAUGUUGAAACAGGUGGUGGCAGCGGCUGCCAAGAGCGAGGAGGAAUUGUUGGACGCAUGCUGCGCCCUCCUUUUUGUACCACCACCGGCAUCUCUGUCACCCAAUUUGGAAAGGGUGCUGCUGUACCUUGGCCUUCACAGUUCCGAACUAGGCCUUAAGGAGAUCAACCUGCUACUGCACCAUACCAGAGCCAGUGAAAUGCAAGGCUUUUUGACGGAAGGAGAAUCUUCGCACCAGUCUGUGGUGGAACUUCUUGCUCACCUGUGUCUCACUCAAGAUAGCAGCACGCAUCUAAGGGUGGCUGCUCUCUUGUCCUGGCUCCAGGAAGUGGCAGAAAGUAAUGUUAAGCAGACGAAUAAUGAGAGCUACCCCUCUGGCAUAUACAUUCACGCUGUGGCCGCGAUAUUGUGGGCAAGCAAUGAGAAGGAGGUUGCUUAUGACCUACCUGCUCUUAUCACAGACAAAAUGUCAAGCAUUCUCUAUGAGUGGUCUAGCAGACUGCCUGAAAAUGGCGCUUUGAAACGAGCAGUAGAUUGCGUUUUGUGCUCAUUCUGCUACAUCAAGCCGCGGAUAUUCACAAAUAUUCUGGAGAAAAUCGGUAUUGAAUUGCUUGAAGAGCGAGGAGUGACCAAAGAAGUCCUACUUACCGAGAGCCAACUGCUUACGAUCGCUAUGGCAUGUCAAUCUCCUGUGGCCGUAGACAUGUUCCUUGAAUCCAAACUGCCCCUCUUCCUUACCAAAUGCAUUCUUGAUUGGUGUGGUGGAAACCAGGUGAACAAAAGUCUCAACAAACAACAGAAAAUCUUCUGCAGUCACGGUGAGUUGCUGGGGAUAUAUACUAUUUGGACAACUAAUUUUCAAUUUUUAAUUAUUGUAGGCGUCUUGUCGACGGAAGGAGUUGCUGUGGUACUUAAAUUCUUUGCUGAUAUCUGCUGUGAAGGCAAAAUCAGAGACUGGCUUGGAUCACCAAGUGGCUCUGAAUUCUGGCUACCUCUAUUGCUGAAACUCUGCAAUGAAAGACAACCAGAAGGCAGCAAACUUUCUGAGGCAUACGCCAAUGUUCUGUCAGCAACGGUCUUGUUCCUCUCACAGUGCACUACAUUCCAUCAAGAAAACCAACACCUCCUCUGUUCAGUCCUCUGCGAAGUGAUUCGACGCCAACAAAGCUCCAGUCAAAAUCUGAAAUUUCUGCACGGACUCUCUGGUUUCACUCGGAGACUAAUUCUGCAGCUAUUGCUUGAAAGUGAGAAGAUCCUAGUCUCUAUCAAGGCUGAUUGCACGCUGAAUCAGUGCCCUGUAAAUGCCACGCGGCAAGCUGCCAGGCACCCUCGCCACGGCACUGGACACCAGAACCAACUGCUACUACUGAGAUCGCAGUCCACUUGCACUGACAUUUUGAAACUAAUGACAAUUCCAGCGUCAGUGGUACCAUCAGGAGACAGCAAACCAGAUGCUAGCCAAGAACUGAAGGUAAACUAUUGCGACCCAAACAUGGUCUACCCUGACCAGAUGUCGAUGGCGGCUGGGGUGACUGCUCAAGACAAACGGGCUAAAGACGCGCGCAAUGCCAGCUCAGCUGCCGCUUCAAGCCAAGGCAGCGUGUUGGCUGGCUCUGCCGUGUUGGCCGCCAAUUGCUACUGCCUGCAUCACAAAGCCUGGCCGAACCAAGUGUUACCCGCACACCUCACCAUGUCGGAGCUGCUGGCCGCCCUCAAACACAGUGGUCACUCGCUCAGCACGCCUGGCAUCGCCCUCACCUUGAAUUACCUUAACUCUGAUGCUGACAAACUGGAUUUCACAAGCCUACCAAAAGCGAUCUCGACGCCAUUGCAAGUUUUCGCGCAAAUGGGAGGGUUGGCCCUGCUGGCCAAGCACCUUCCGCUUGUCUACCCGCAAGCCUUGAAGAUACAGCCUCCAGAGAUGUCGAAAAACCCGUCUCCAGAUCCGGUAGACGCUGACUGGGUCAAAGUGGAGGUGUCUGAAGACUUCUUAGAUGUCCAAAAAACGAUUUUUUUGCCACCAAGUGGCGUAAUGGGAAUGAUUCACAAAUAUCAGGAUUUGGAGGAGCCGCUACCUAUCAGCACGGCGGCGCCCAAGACUGGCAACGUGCACCCUCUGGUGACCCCAUCCGUGCCGCCCCACUCGCUGGUCGCGUUUGGUCUAUUCCUGCGCCUCCCAGGGUAUGCUGAGGUGCUGCUCAGGGACAGGAAGAAGGCGCAGUGUCUGCUGCGGCUCGUUCUUGGCGUUUCUGACGAUGGUGAAGGCGGUGAAAUUUUCAACUCCUCUGUGGCUCCUGCCCUCCCCACGCUGCCCUUCCAGGUCUUACGAGAGCUUUUUGAUUCAACACCACUCAACUCUGACGACGGCCUGCUGCUGAGGGUAGCAACCCUGGAACAUGGCGCAAUCCAUUUAUUGCUCAAUUGCCUGGCACACUUCACGCACCACACUGGCGCCAAGAGCCCUGUUCAGGCUGACUGCAGCAAGAAUGGCUCACCCCCGGACCGACGCGCCUUGAAAAAAGCGCCAGACGAUAAAUCGCACCUCUACUGGGCCAAAGGCACCGGAUUUGGCACUGGCAGCACCCAGCAGUCGUGGAACGUGGAGCAGGCGCUCCAGCGGCAGAAGGGCGAGGAAGAGUACGUCACGGUCCUUCUGCAGGUGUUGGCCAGCUUUAUCAAUCCUUUAGGGGCAGUACCAGCUCAUUUCUACUCAGAGGAUGAGAGCGAUAGUGAGACCGAAAGCAAGGAGCGCUCUCCACUACCCGCGUCAGUGCCUGACCUUCUUUGCCAGUCUUGCUUGCUACCCGCUAUCUCGUCCUACCUUAGGAACGAUUCAGUUUUGGAUAUGGCCCGUCACAUUCCAUUGUACACCGCCGUGCUACAACUUUUGAGGGCUAUGGCGUUCAGCUCGCAGUUGGCAAGUCUACUCUUGCCCUGCCAGUCCUCUAACGGCAGACUUGAAGACCUCUCAGUUGUGUGUCUUCUCACUAAAAUGAAAUCUUGUGUUGACACAUAUGCCUCAAGACUCAAGGGAGCUAAACCAAAGAAAGCUAGGGUAAGGAAGCAGUCCUUUGCCAACUUAAAGCAAUCUGAGGACGAAACAGACCAGCAAGAUGAAGAGGGCCUCGCCCAGCUGAUACCAGACAUUCAAGAGACUGCUAGCUUAGUUCAGAUGGCGACUGACAGACUUGUCAUGGAUGAUGAUUUCGGCAGUGGUAGUCAAACUGACCUUGGAAGUAUUGAAAAACCCCUACAAGUUUCAUUAGAGGAGAAAUAUAUUGAAAUCAUGAGGAGACUUCGAUUUGAUUCUUUUGAAAUGAUCACUGAAAAUGAAGAAGGCAAUGGCUUUCGGUUUGUGGUAUCGUACCACUUUGAGCCGAACAUGAGGGCCGCGGGUGACAGAUCGCUGCCAUCAAGAGUGAAGCGGCUUGCACAAGAAACGGUGACAUUGUCAACGUCACUUCCGCUAUCAUACAGUAGCUCCGUGUUUGUGCGCUGCGACACGGACCGCAUGGACAUCAUGAAAGUACUGAUUACUGGGCCUGCUGAGACGCCAUACGCCAACGGCUGCUUUGAGUUUGACGUCUUCUUCCCGCCCGACUAUCCCUCCUCGCCAAUGCUCAUCAACCUGCAGACCACCGGCCACCAGACUGUCCGAUUCAACCCCAACCUCUACAACGAUGGUAAGGUUUGCCUCAGCGUGCUCAACACGUGGCAUGGCAGACCUGAGGAAAAGUGGAAUGCGCACACUUCAAGCUUCCUGCAGGUUCUUGUAUCGAUCCAGUCGCUGAUUCUUGUACCAGAACCGUACUUCAAUGAGCCAGGCUAUGAAAGGUCCCGUGGCACGCCCUCAGGUACCCACAGCUCCAGGGAAUACAACUCAAACAUCUACCAGGCGACCGUGCGAUGGGCCAUGCUUGAGCAACUCAGGCAACCGAGCCCUUGCUUCAAGGAGGUCAUCCACAAUCACUUCUGGUUCAAAAGACACGAAAUCGAGGCGCAGAUUGAAGGUUGGAUUAAGGAGCUAGACAGCCAGAGCAGUGACAGGAGGACAGGCCGCACUAUCUCUGUUAACUCUAUUUCUCUAAAGCGACACUACCGUCAGCUGAAGGACGAGCUCGCCAACCUUAAAGUACCCGCCGGGCUUGAGGAGCUGGCCCUGGCGAUGGAACAGCAACACCAGCAGCAGCUGCUGCAGGCCAGCCCCUCCACCUCGCGGGAGGGUGGUGAGUGCGCCGCGUUUGGGGAUCCAAUCACGCCUUUGACGCCCACUCCAUCCAACCCGCCGACACCGACGGGAGAGCACUCAUUGAUGCCCAACUCAGUUUACGACCCUGAGCUGGUGCAACACGUCUGAGAGGUCCGGUGGCAGGACCAGGGUGGCCCGCCGGCUCGGUCGGCGGCUGGUCACCACACGCCAAAAGUGACGCAAACAAUGUGCAUUUCCCCCGCCCCCCAUACGUUGAUAAUCGAGUCAAGAGCCUGCAAACCGAAGACGCAGGUCGCCCGUUCACUUUUUCUUUUUACCCUCGUGGUUUUUUUAAUUCGUCAUUACCGACAUCUAAGUGCAUAUUUCCAAGUGCCAAGGCUCUUGACAGACUGAAAUGUCUUAUUUUAAUGAACAGUUUUUCAUUGCGAACCGUUAAUUGUGCCCUUUGAUUUCCCUAAACCCAAAAAAGUAUUUGAACAUGGUUGUUGACGAUUGAUGCAAGUAAACUUGGCUGCAGUGAUAUGCCAACUGAAGAAAAUGUGGAAUUUGCAGACCGCAAAGCGAAAUUUUGUUGCGUUGUAUAUAGAAGAUCUUGCAUUGUGAGGAUAAAAUACUUUUGUUUAACAAACCUUA